AUGGCUUUCUGCCUCCGAGCCCGACCCGGACGGUUGCCGAUGGGCGAACGUGUCCGGCGGGAGCUCAUGCGGUCCGUCGAUCACGCACCUGCUGUGGCCGUGGCGGUUAGGGUUGUCGCCACCCUGCCGGUCGGGGGGGACCCGGGAUCCUCGAGAUACAGAGUCACCAACCCCAAACUCGGUCGUGGUGGGCUUGCAGAAGUAGUCCACCGCGUGGAUCUCGAGAGGGCGACGCCGGGCGCGGGAGCAUCGUCAGGCUCGCGCAAGAACCGUCACUCGCACUUGGUUGUGGGGCGAAUUUCGGGGCCGAAAGGCGGUGGUGGUGCCAUGGCCGUCGGACACGGUGCGGCUCCUUUCAUUGUUGCAUCUCAAGAGCGUACCUGGUUCGAGGAAACCCGGGCAGCCAGUCCCAGUUGUUUUGAGUGGCGGGAAGAAGGGGCGGUCUCUCGGGAGUUCUACGUCGCGGGGCUCGAGGAACACGUGUAUGGGUGCCGAGACAACUACUUCUCUGACAUAACGAUCGCCUCGACAACCACCACCACUACCACGGCGUCCAGGAUGAGCCGCCCGACUGGUAGUCCGGACGAGGAGGGCAGCGGGCCGACGACAACGUCGGGCGCCGCCCCGGAACCGACCGGCAGACCCGACGGAGCAGCCCAUCGCGCGGCGCCUGUUCUUUUGGCGGCUGGCGGCUUGGUGGCUGUUUUGCUUGUCUGA